UCACGGGUGUAGCUUCCUGCCGGAGUUGGUUCUGCACGUCCAGAAGUUGCAUUUCCGUAGAGGAGAGGCCCUCAGGCUCCCAUUCCGAAGCCUCCCGCGCGCCAGGUGUGAGUGGGCUCUCGCGUCCCACCGUGCGGCCGGGGCAGCCCGGCCCGAGGGCGGCUGCUGGGCCGCAGAAGAGGACGGUCUGUCAUCCGGAACGGAGGCUGCGCGCACAGCUUGUUUCCGGAGGGGCCUAGCCCGUCGCCGCGCCGCGCCCCGCCCCUCGCGCGGCCACGUCUCCGCUGGGGCAGCGCGGCCGGCGGCCGCCGAAGCCUCCACGGCGCCCGGGUACCAUGAGAUUACUUGGUUUGAGUUCAAGCCACUUAUGAGACUUUAGAUCUCCCCGGAAUGGAAAGCUUAGUGUGGUUCUUCCCAGAAGCUUUUGGCCGCUGCUGAUGGCCGAAACCAAACCUGCCGGCAGCUCCUGUGCAGCCCCUGAGACUCCGCCCCGCCUGUGCCGUUCUGACCAUGGACAGGAUGCCGGCCGGCUCUGGCGCCGGCACUGCAGCUGCCCCGGAGGCCCUCCCCAAGCUCCCAGGCUCGCUGGCCCCGGCUGACCAGCAGGAUGAAGCCCAGUGUACCAGAGCUUCAGAUGGAGGAGGAGGCCUGGAUGUCCCUGGCAAAGGCGACACCUGUCAGAAUGGGCCGACGCCACCGUUCCCAGACUCUUCGUCAUCUCUCGGCCCCCCGACAAGCCCAGGGGGUCCCGAUGCCUCUCCAGGUGUGGCUGGUUUCCAUGACAACCUAAGGAAGUCUCAGGGGACUAGUGCUGAGGGCAGUGUUAGAAAAGAAGCUUUGCAGUCUCUCAGACUCAGUCUUCCUAUGCAAGAAACGCAACUGUGUUCAACAGAGGCUUCCCUGCCCCUGGAGAAGGAGGAGCAGGUCCGACUUCAGGCUCGGAAGCGGCUGGAAGAACAGCUCAAACAGUACAGGGUGAAACGCCAGCAGGAAAGAUCCAGUCAGCCUGCGGCUAGAACGAGACUGUCUAGCACACUCGACCCGGAACUCAUGCUGAACCCAGAGGCCUUGCCCCGGGCCAGUGCUGUGGCCCUGACGAAGGAGUAUUCCUUCCUGCGCACCAGUGUCCCUCGAGGCCCAAAGGUGGGCAGCUUAGGGCUCCUGACACAUCCUAAGGGGAAGAAAAGUUCCAAGUCAAGCAAAAUUCGGUCUCUGGCUGAUUACAAAACUGAAGACGCAGGUACCAGGAGUUCUGGCGGAGAUGUGCCUGCUGCAGACUGUGCCAGGGGCUCUCUGAAGCAGAACCGCAGCAGUGUGACAUCCGUGGUGUCCGAGGUUAGUUUGUGUCCUGAGGCUGAGGACCACCUGGAGAACGCGUCCCUGACGGGUGACAACACGUCUGAGGCCGACGGGAAUGAGAGUGACACCUCCUCCCACAGCAGCGUCUCUACCCGCGGUACGUGCGGGCUUCUGGUGACCACCGUGGGCGCUCGAGAAGACUCCUAUGUGGUCAAUGGCCAAGAGAUGGCCGCUGGUGCACUGGGCCAGUUCCCCUCCAUCACGGAUGUCCUCCAGGCCGCAGCCGCCGAGCACCAAGACCAGGGACAGGAGGUCAAUGGGGAGACGCGGAGUCGGACAGACAGCAUCUCCAGCAGCGUGUCCCUGGAGAGCUCUGCCACCGAGACCCACGACGCCAUGCUGCAGGCCCUUAAAGACAAGAUGAGGCUCGAAGGGCAGCUGGAGGCGCUGUCUGCAGAGGCCAGUCAGGCACUUAAAGAGAAGGCAGAGCUGCAGGCGCAGCUCGCCGCGCUGAGCACGAGGCUGCAGGCGCAGGUGGAGCACAGCCACAGCAGCCAGCAGCGGCAGGACUCGCUCAGCUCGGAGGUGGACACCUUGAAGCAGUCUUGCUGGGACCUGGAGCGAGCAAUGACCGACCUGCAGAACUUGCUGGAAGCCAAGAAUGCCAGCCUGGCGUCGUCCAACAGUGACCUGCAGGUGGCGGAGGAGCAGUACCAGAGACUCACGGCCAAAGUGGAGGAGAUGCAGAGACACAUCCUCAGUAAGGACAGCACAGUGCAUGACUUGCGGCAGCAGAUGGCGGCCCUGCAGAGCCAGCUCCGGCAGGUGCAAGGGGAGCGCGCGGCUCUGAGCAGCAAGUUGAAGGCGUCCCAGGCCGAGAUCGCCUCUCUGCAGCACGUCCGGGAGUGGUACCAGCAGCAGCUCGCCCUGGCCCAGGAGGCCCGGGUCAGACUGCAGGGGGAGAUGGCUCACAUCCAGGUCGGACAGAUGACCCAGGCAGGCCUCCUGGAGCACCUGAAGCUUGAGAACGCAUCCCUGUCGCAGCAGCUGACGGAGACGCAGCAGAGGUCCGUCAAGGAGAAGGAGCGCAUUGCUGUCCAGCUGCAGGGCAUCGAGGCCGACAUGUUGGACCAGGAAGCUGCCUUCGUGCAGAUUCAGGAGGCAAAGACGAUGGUGGAGGAGGACCUGCAGCGGAGGCUAGAGGAGUUCGAGGACGAGAAGGAGCAGCUGCAGAAGGUGGCGGCCUCUGCGGCGUCCCUGGAGCAGCGGUUGGAGCAGGUGAAUCUGACUUUGCAGCAGCGAGACCAGCAGCUUUCGGUGUUACAGCAGGAGCACCUCGACCUGCUGAGGCAGCUCACCGCAACACAGGAGACGUUGCAGGCCCGGGAGCAGUCCCUCGACGACCUGCAGAUGCGCUACGACGAGCUGCACGCCCGGCUGGAGGAGCUGCAGGGGGAGGCCGCCUCCAGGGACGACACCAUCCGCUUCCUGCAAAAUGAGAAGAUUGUUUUAGAGGUGGCUCUGCAGGCGGCCAGGAGUGGCAGGGAGGACCUGGACAGAGGAGCCAAGCGCUUGGAGGAGGGCACCGAGGAGACCUCGCAGGUUUUAGAGCAGUUGAGGCAAGACUUAGCCGUGAAGUCCAGCCAGGUGGAGCAGUUACAGCAGGAGGCCGCCACCCUGAAGAAGCAGACACAGAAGAUAAAGGAGCAGUUUCUUCAACAAAAGGUGAUGGUGGAGGCCUAUCGGCGGGACGCCACCUCCAAAGACCAGCUCAUCGGUGAGCUGAAGGCCACGAAGAAGAGGCUUGACUCGGAGCUGAAGGAGCUGAGGCAGGAGUUAAUUAAGCUUCAAGGGGAGAAGAAGUCCGUGGAGGUGGAACACGUGCGCUUGCAGAAGGAGGUGUCCCACGUCCACCAGCAGAUGGCCGACCUCGAAGGGCAUCUCCGGUCGGCACAGAGGGAGCGCGACGAGAUGGAGACGCGCUUGCAGUCUUUGCAGUUUGAUAAAGAGCAAAUGGUAGCUCUUACAGAGGCCAAUGCGGUGCUCAAGAAGCAGAUCGAAGAGCUGCAGCAAGAAGCCACCAAGGCCAUCACGGAGCAGAAGCAGAGGAUGAAGCGGCUGGGCUCAGACCUGAGCAGCGCUCAGAAGGAGAUGAAGACCAAGCACAAGGCCUACGAGAACGCGGUGGGCAUCCUCAGCCGCCGCCUGCAGGAGGCCCUCGCAGCCAAGGAGUCGGCAGAGGCAGAACUGAGCCAGCUGAGAGCCCAGGCGGCCAGCGGCAGCAGCGACCUCCCUCUGCACGAGAGGAUCCAGGCUCUGGAGGCAGAGCUGCAGGCUGUCGGCCACAGCAAGAUGAUGCUGGAGAAGGAGCUCCAGGAGAUUAUCGCACUGACCAGCCAGGAGCUGGAGGAGUACCGGGAGAAGGUGCUGGAGCUGGAGGACGAGCUUCAAGAAUCCAGAGGCUUUAGGAGGAAGAUAAAGCGCCUUGAGGAGCUGAAUAAGAAGUUGGCCCUUGAGUUAGAGCAUGAGCGAGGAAAGCUUACAGGCCUGGGGCAGUCCAACGCCGCUCUCCGGGAGCACAACAGCAUCUUAGAAACAGCUUUGGCCAAGAGGGAGGCAGACCUGGUUCAGCUGAACCUCCAGGUGCAGGCCGUCUUGCAGCGGAAAGAGGAGGAGGACCGCCAGACAAAGGAGCUCAUCCACACCUUACAGGCCGCGUUGGAGCGAGAAAAGGCCAAAGUGCACAGCCUCAAGGAACAGGUUGCUGCCGCCAAGGUGGAAGCAGGACAUAACCGCCGCCACUUCAAGGCCGCCACCUUGGAGCUGAGUGAGGUGAAGAAGGAGCUGCAGGCCAAGGAGCAGCUGGUGCAGAAGCUGCAGGCCGAGGCCGACGCUCUCCAGAUUCAAGAGGGGAAACAUUCCCAGGAAAUAGCACAGUUCCAGGCAGAGCUGGCGGAGGCCCGGACCCAGCUCCAGCUCCUGCAGAAGCAGCUGGACGAGCAGCUGAAUGAACAGCCUAUAGGAAACCAAGAGAUGGAAAAUCUCAAGUGGGAGGUGGAUCAGAAGGAAAGAGAGAUCCAGUCCUUGAAGCAGCAGCUAGAGUUGACGGAACAGCAGAGUAAGAAGGAACUGGAUGGAAUACAGCAGUUGCUGCAGAAUAUCAAAGCUGAGUUGGAGGUGGUGCGGGAAGAUCUGUCCCUAACCCAGAAAGAGAAAUUCGUGCUUCAAGCUAAAGUGUCGGAGCUGAAGAACAACAUGAAGACUCUGCUCCAGCAGAACCAGCAGCUCAGGCUGGACCUGCGGCGCGGCGCGGCCAAGACGAGAAAGGAGCUGAAAGGCGAGGCCAGCUCUUCUGGCCCCGUGACGCCGGUCAAGAUCCCCGACUGCCCUGUCCCGGCCUCGCUGCUGGAGGAGCUGCUGAGGCCCCCGCCUGCCGUGAGCAAGGAACCGCUCAGGAACCUCAACAGUUGUCUUCAGCAGCUGAAGCAGGAGAUGGACAGCCUGCAGCGCCAGAUGGAGGCACACGCUGUCACCGUGCACGAGUCCCUGUCCUCCUGGACGCAGGGGGACCCCGCCGCCAGCGCUGCUCUCUCGGGAGAUGAUGCCAACCCCAGAGGAGAUACGGUGCGACACAGCCAGUGCAGGGGCUCCGGACAGGCGCUGGGAACGGCAACCGCCGAGCACCCCCGCUCCGAGUGCUUGAGUAAAAGAACUGAACAGGAGCCAAGGAUUGGAGAAAUAGUCAUUCGCAGAUCUCAGCUAGCUUCCCCACGAAAUGACCAAAUGCUAACAACCUAGUUUAGAUCUCAGUGAGUUUCUGAUUGUGUCCGAAGGGUUCCUUCCAGAAGAAGGCCUCUGGCGAGUGACCUUCGAUGCUGCUCUCUGAGGGCUGAUGCCCGCCAGUGGCCACUGGUGGAAACACUGCAUGACUGGGUCCCGUUUCUCUCUUUCCUGAUUCAGUGAGAGCUUUACCUCCCUGCAGAAAUGAAACUUGAUUUGCACCUUUGGUUUUAUUUUACUUUCAAUAGUUAUCUCACCAUAGGAUGUGUACAUAAAUACCGAAAAUCAUAAGCUAAUCUUCAAAAAGAAUAUGUCCAUAUUAUUUAAGAAUGACCUGAAUUGUCUUUUUAUCGAUUGCCUUUUGAAAAUCUGCUGUCAGGAAGUAACGUACGUGUAGGAUUUAGGGAUGUCGGUCAGAAAAUUAUAUUUUAAGAAAUAUAAUUAUUUUAUUUACUGUACCUUCUAAAACCAAAUAUUCUUGGAGCGAAAGGUUUUUUGUUUCAGUUUCACUUUAUUUUUGAGAGCCUUGUCCUGAGUGCACACCCCCACCUGACCAUCGAUGCUGCCCGGCCUCACUCCCCUAGGCUGUCCCUUGGGCGGGCCUGGAGGCCACAAGGUUACCAGUGACCACACACUGGCCUGACAUGGGUGAUGUUUGGGGAGAGGCCGUAGGAGAGGUGGGGGGAGAGGACCAGGGCUUCCUGCAGGGCUCCAGGCCAGGCGCAAGUCUUCUUCAGGCCUCCUCCCACCUGCCCGGCUCCCCCACCACUGUGCCCACGUGAAAAUCCAUCCAUCGGGGCCUGUGUGGUCAUCAGGGACAUGCCGAACGCGUGGUGACAGCCUUCAGAGGCCCUGUAACCUCUCAUCUGGAGGGAUUUCUAGCGGGGGCAGGUGAUCUCUGUGGGAAGGCGGUGGAGGCCUCCUGAGAUCUCCUAUAGGUAAGAGUCUGAUUGGGAAGCCGGCUCCCUGAGCCUGUGGGAGAUUGACUUGCUGUCUGACCCAUGAGGGCUGUAACUCUGUCCCCUGGCCACGUUGGCCAGGAGAUCCAAGCUGAUAGUUACCAUUGUGAGUUAGAGAAGAGAGGCCCCUGGUGCAGAUCUGCGGGUCUUAGGAUGACGUUGGAAGUGGUACUGAUCAGGCCAGAUACGCUUCUGUUGACCUGCUUAUGUCUCUCUUGUGGAGAAAACGGUUUGGUAUUUUCAAGCCGUUUGUCUUAUCUUACGCUAUCAGAAGGUUAAUUGAUAAAGUAGCGUUAACCACAAAGAAGCUUAGCGUUUAAAAAAAAUUCCCUAGCAAGUAUUGAAAUUUCUGAAGUAUGUAUAUCACUUGUACAGGGUUAAUCUUGAAAUAAUACUUGAAGACUUUUCAUUAUAAAUAUAUCCUAUUUUUCAUCUUAAGUUGGAAAUUGUUUUUGACAAAAUUGGUUUGUACCAUUAGAAAAGAAAAAUUGUAAUUUACAUUCUUAUUUAUUUGGGGUGUUUCAUCCUCAGUUUUAAUUUUCAAACGAAGACAUGACACUCAGCCUCACGCUGCGGCUCCUUUCCCACUGCUGCGUACUGGAGGUCUUCCGGCGAGAGCUGGUCACUGUGCAUUUGUCAUUAGGAAAGGGCAAACGGAUUCUGAAUAAUCCUCAAGUGAAAGCAGAUUUCUGUUCCUCACCCCGUUUCCCUCAUGUCUUACUUGCUGUGUGUGGGUGCGCCCCUGUGCAUGCGUGGGUGCGGUGCGGGUGCAUGUGCCUUGUGCGUGGGUGGGUGGGUGUGUCUGCACACAUGUGGGCGUAGACAGGUGUGUGUCCCUUGUGCGUGUGUGGGCAUGGGCGGGUGCGGGUGCAGGUGCCGGUACAGGUGCCUGUGCGCGCGUGGGCGUGUGCCUUGUGCGUGGGUGUGUGCAGCCCGCAGCAGCAGUGCCCCCUGCUCUCCUGACAUCAUCCUGUGCCGCUGUCGUCACCCACCUUCCCGUUCUGUCAACACCCAGCCUGCCUUUGGUCUGAUUUCCCCAGCUGUCCCCACGCACUGUCAUGUCACCUGUGUGGCCUGCAGCACCUGACCUGGGGCCCUUUCGUGCAGGGGCCCCUGACACUGGCUUUAGGGUUCCUUAGCAGGUCUCCUGAGAGAGGAAGCUGGACUUUGAAAUCCCCUGCUUCUGAUUUGUUGAGGCUUACUUUUCAAUCUCUGAGGGACUUGAUGGGCGCUGCUGCCUCCCGGGCGACGUUCUGCAUGAGUAUCAUUUGAAAUAGUCUGUCUGUGGGCAGAACGUGUGAAUUUGGGAUUUACUCAUGGAAAACAGUUGUCCAGUCUGGAGUGUUUGUAAGAACAGGCUGCUGCUACGUCGUGUGUGUGUGUGUGACGUGUCCUGUGUGGCGACUGUGUAUGUCGUGCCCUCACUGCAGAGGACGCUGGUUUGGACGGUUCGUAAUGUCAUUUCUUGUUUCUCUUACGUUCCAAGAAAAGGCUUGUUGCAACGUGGUUAUCGCUGACUUUUCCCUGGAACACAUUGGAUAGAUGCCGCGGAUCUUAUGGGUUUACAUGGUUUUGUUCUACUGUUUGGAAGGUAUGACAGGCAACGUUUUGACAGGAUGUGAAAGUGGCUCUUUCUCUGGCCUGGGUCCAGGUCAUGGGACAGACCUGCUAGGGAGAUUCUCAUCACACUCUUUCUCCGUUGGAAGACUUUUCUUGGUGUAGGGGUACUUACUGCAGAAGCCAUGGCAUUAUUCCUACUCCUGUGAGUAACUUUUCAAAUAGAAAUGAAGUGUCCUGUGUAAAGAUUUCUAGUAGUGAAAGGGACCAGCGUGUCUGAAAGCAAGUGUCCUGGAGCCUUCCUCAAGAACGCUGUGACGUGUGAGACAUCCUGAGCCUUACUCAAACACGUUCCAGGCAAAUCUGAUUGUGUGGUGGUCUCAGGCUAUAAUGGGAUCCUUGAGGGUAAUGUUGUAGAGGAUCUAGAAAACUGGAUGGCUUUUACGUUACUCAUUUCUGUUAAAAAUUUUCUCAUGAAAGGGAGUCCUCAGGUCGGGGCCGUUAGGGGAAAGGUGUCACCAUGCACAACAAUUGUAACUUUAAAAAGCAUGUUGAUUUUUUUUUACAAAUUUAAGUGUGCUGGGGAAUUCCUUAAAUUUUGUGCAAUAAACUAUUUUUUGUUAAA